AUGGCAACACCGUGGCCUCGAAGGUCGACCUGGCCGAUCCCAAUAGAGGAGCACGCUACCAAUCUCAGCACCUUCCUUCGCGAGGCGCUGACUUGUAUCGAUCGCACUCAAAGCCAGCCCGUGCCGGCAGACCUCGUCAAGGUCAUCAUCCAUGGCACGCUGACAUUCAUACUGAAAGUGCAACACACCCCUAACCUCAGCACGGUGUGCGACGCGCUUAGCAUCAUGCAGACCGAGGCCAAGGCGACCUCCGCUGCAUGA